AUGCUGAACAAUCUGAGCGCUGCCGGACUGGGAGGACCGAAGGAGUGCGACCUAUCGAAGGGGGGCCUGACGUCGCUGCACGGCGCCAACAGCUUCGGUUCGCCUCCAAACUCGACCGGUUCGGAUAGCAACGGCAAUCGGUUGCACGUCAACAGCGGCGGCUCGACCGGCAGUGGAGGCGGCGGGGGCCUCUGCGAGCCACACAACAUCCACCAGGAUCAGAAUACCGACAAAAAUGGCAAACAGAAAAGGCAUCGGACACGCUUUACACCGGCUCAGCUGAACGAGCUAGAACGAUGUUUCUCGAAGACGCACUAUCCGGAUAUUUUCAUGCGAGAGGAGAUUGCCAUGCGGAUCGGGCUGACUGAGUCGCGCGUACAGGUUUGGUUCCAGAACCGACGAGCCAAAUGGAAGAAGCGGAAGAAGACCACCAACGUGUUCCGGACGCCUGGUGCACUCCUACCUUCGCACGGUUUGCCGCCCUUCGGAGCGAAUAUAACCAACAUAGCGAUGAGCGAAAGUUUAUGCGGGACAUCGAUGUUCGGUGGCGAUCGCUGGGGAGUUAACCCAAUGACUGCUGGAUUCGGUCAGCUGAAUCAAACUUCUUCCCUUUCGUCUUCGCUCAACAGUGGGUUAAAUUCGGGAAUCAAUAUCUCCUCCGCCAUGGGUGCCGGCGGUUAUCACAACUAUGGACUGAACGCUUUGGAUAUUCCAUUCGCAGGUGAUACCAUGAUGUACCAGCACUCGGUGAGUGGCGUUGGCUGCACUGGGAGCUCGCCCACUUCAACCCCGCCAAACAUUAACGCAUGCUCAUCAUCAACGCCUCCAUUAUCCAGUGGACAGCAACAGCAACAGCAGCAGCAGCAACAGCAACAACAACAACAACAACAACAGCAACAGCAAGGUGCUAGUCAGAACGAUACCAACGCCAACGGGGAUAUGUCAAGUCAACCGGGUGCCAACCAACAUAGCAUCUCCAAUUGUCAGGGUCUUGGCUCGGGCACUCCGGAUGGUGACGACGACGUCUGGCGGGGUCACAGCAUAGCUGCCCUAAGAAGACGCGCCUCGGAGCUGAACCAGACGAUGCCAUCGUAUCUGCAUGCACACAACUACGAUCACCACAACUCGGUGUACUGA